AUGGAGGCGGACCGCGACAAGCGCAUGCUGGAGCGCGAGGUGCUGCGCAACAUGAUCCAGCAGUGGAACGCCAACCGACUUGACCUAUUCGAGCUCAGCGAACCCAACGAGAACUUAGAGUUUCAUGGGGUGAUGCGGUUCUACUUCCAAGAUUCGGGCCAAAAGAUUGCGACGAAAUGCAUCCGCGUCGCCUCCGAUGCUACAGUCAGCGACGUUAUAGAGACGCUGAUCGAGAAGUUCCGUCCGGACAUGCGCAUGUUAUCGCUGGGCUCUUAUUCUCUUUGGGAGACGCACGGGCCGGACUACGAGCGGCGUCUCGAGCCGCACGAGAAACCGCUGCUCGUGCAACUCAAUUGGCACACCGACGAUCGUGAGGGGCGUUUCUUGCUCAAAUGUCUCACCAACAACGAGGUUCCUUUGUCUUCCGGCAUCGAAAAAGCGGAUCAGAACUUUAAAAGGAAACUAUCGAAACGAGAAAAAAAGGAAUUAAAGAAGAAAGAAAAACUAUCCAGACUGAAAUCCGACACAAAUGAUGAAAACAGACCUAUCGCUGAGAAACUUUACACAGAAUUACCGGAGACGUCGUUCACGCGCAGCAUCAGCAACCCGGAGGCGGUGAUGCGAAGGCGACGCCAGCAGAAGCUCGAGCGGAAGUUACAACAGUUUCGCUCUAAAGACGGCGGCCCCGAUACUGGCGGCACGCUGAAGAUCUACGGGUCGUCGCUGAGCCCGGACGUGCCGUACAAGACGCUGCUGCUGUCGGUGGGCGACGGCGCGGCGGCGGUGGUGCGCGAGGUGCUGGACAAGUACGGCCUGGCGCGCCACGAGCCGCACCACUACUGCAUAGUGCAGGUGGAUACGGCUGAUAACUCGGAGUACAUAUUGGAAGACGACGAAUGCCCUCUCGCCAUCGUGAUGACGCACCCACAUCGCAGCUCCAUCAUGUUCCACGUGCGGCGGCGGCCGGCGGACGCGCAGCCACGGCGCCGGAAGAAGAAGGUCGGCGGUGGCGGCGGGGCGCGCCCAGGCACCGAGCCUCUGCUCGUCGAGGUCGCGCCCGACGGCACCGCGCUCGAGAACGGCCGCCGCAUGCGCCUCACUGACGUGCUCGAGGUGGGUUCAGGAAACGGAACAGCUCUGCAGCUGUACGGACCUUCGAUCCAGCCGCGCCACUGCGUGAUCGCAGCCGCGGAGGGCGGUGGCUAUAGCGUGACGCCGCUGCACACCGACGCACACGUCUACGUCAACGGACGUCGGAUCAUGCACACGCAGCGCUUACAGCAUGGAUGCCUCCUCAAGUUCGGACGUGUCUCCACAUUCCGUUUUGUGGACCCAGCACAGGAGACCCUCAUGAACAGGAAUCUAGCCCAAUCACAGAAUUACGGUUCCGGUUCCAUAUAUGACAGAUCGCCGACGUCACCCGAGAAUAGCGGUGCGAUGUCGCCUACUUCACUCGCAUCCCACCACGCCGAUCUCGACUCCAACUCGAACGCAAAUAUCACAAACGACACGGAAUAUCCAGGCACCGUGAGUCCCGUGUCGCACGACACGUACGGGUACAGAGACGGCAAUGACACCCUCUCACCUUACAACAACAACAACACGCUGAAACUCGACAACGAAUCUCUCAUGAUGUCGCAACACCUUAGCGAUUCUAAAGAUGAUUAUAUGAGGGAUGAGCCGUCGGGCUCGGUCUACAACGAACAGGACCAGAGCACGGGUGCAAGUCGAACAGGCUCACAGUACAAGGAUAAUUACGAAACAACAUUCGAUUUGGAUGGGAACGUCGAGACGAAGAGCAUAUGCAGCGCGAAAAGCGGUGGUUCGGGUCACGAUAAUAGAGUGGCGAACGCUCGGGGUGCGGGAGUUGCGGGGGGUGCGGGGCCAGGCGCGGAGGCGAUCCUGCCGGCCGUGCUGGAGUUCCCGGAGGCGGGGCAGGCGCAGUUCCUGGCCGCCGUAAUCACGCGCCUAGACCCGCACGCGCCCGCCUUCAAGCUCGCGCCCGUCUACACGCUCUACCUGUGCGCACGGUAUCGUGCGUCUACGCACUACCGGCCAGAGUUAACUCCGACGGAGCGGGCACACAAGCUCACGGCAUUUCUUCACCAUGUUGCCACGCUCAUACACGCUACUGUACAGGAAAGAUGCACAGAUUCCGCAGCCCAGGCGUUCUGGAUGGCAAACGCCAGCGAAUUGCUUCACUUUCUCAAAUGCGACAGGCAUAUAUCUUCUUUCUCGACGCAAGCUCAAGAACUGUUGCCACAAACCGUCCAAAAUGCAUUUAGCAAUCUAGUGACGUGCUUCCAAGAGGAGCUGGGGCGCGCGCUGGUUACGCUGAACAGCGCGGCUGCGGCGGACGCCACGGAGGCCACGGCGCCCACGCUGCAGGCGCUGGCCGCCGCCAUGGUGCUGCUGCGCCGCUGCCGCGUCAACGCCGCGCUCACCAUACAGCUCUUCUCGCACCUCUUCCACUACAUCAACGCGUACUGCUUCAAUAAGCUGGUGAUGGAAGCGGGCAUGGUGAGCGCCCGGUGGGGAGCAGCGCUAGCGGCGCGGCUGGCGCUGCUGGCCGCCUGGGCCGAGCGCCAGGGCCUCGAGCUCGCCGCCGACUGCCACCUCGCGCGCACGCACCAAGCCGCACGCCUGAUCCAAGGCGAGUACCGCACUCCUGACGAAGUGAGGGCGGCAUUAUCAGCGUGUGUUAAGCUCAACUCCGUGCAAGUGCGUGCAUUGCUGACGCCUAUCGCACCACCUGAUAUUGUAGAAGCUGCCGUGGCACAUGCAAGAGCAUUGGCUGACGAAUUAUACAGGGCUGACGGGAGAGAGAUCGUUGCGGAGGAGAGCCGGUGGCUGGGCGCGGCGCUGCUGAUCCCGGGCGACGGGUUCAGCGCGGAGGUGGUGCGCGGCGUGCCGCCCGGGCUGGCCGAGUUCGUGGCGCCGCUGCAGCGCGGCGCGCUGUGCCGCCUCGUGCACCAGCCGCGCGCGCUCGGCGCCUGGACCGUGUACCUGGCCGGCCACGCGCCGCACGCCGCGCACGCGCCGCACGCGCCCCACGCGCCCCACGCGCGCCCGCUCAUCGUGCGCCUCAACAAGAACUCCUCGGGCAUGGGCCUCAGCAUCGUCGCCGCCAAGGGCGCGGGGCAAAGCAAGCUGGGCAUCUACAUCAAGUCGGUGGUGCCGGGCGGCGCGGCGGCGGCAGACGGCCGCCUGGCUGCCGGCGACCAGCUGCUCUCUGUCGACGGACACUCGCUCGUCGGCAUCUCGCAGGAGAAGGCAGCAGAAUAUCUGGUCCAAACUGGUCCAACGGUGACAUUAGAAGUGGCAAAACAGGGAGCUGUACUCCACGGUUUAGCAACGCUUCUCCAUCAACCCGCUUAUAACCAACGACAAGGUGGCGGCGGGGCCGUGCGGCGCGCGUCGGAGCGCGACCUGCCGGCGCGGCUGGCGGCCGAGCCCGUCAAGCCCAGCAAGAGCACGCCCGCGCUGCACCACGCCGCGCCGCCCGCCGCACCGCACCCCGCGCACCCCGCGCACCCCGCACACCCCGCACACCUCGCGCCCGCACCGCAACACGCACAGCCCUCGCAUAGCGGCACGCUGAGCGCGGCGGGUGCGGGGGGCGCGGCGGGCGCGGCGGGGCGGUCGCGCAGCAGCCACAACCUGAGCGCGGCCGCGCACGCCGACGCCUUCUACCAGAACCUCGCCGCCGUCGCCUCGCACCAGCACGCGCAGCAGGACAGAUGGUGGAACUAUCGCAGUGGCAGUCGUCCUCAGUCCGCUCAUUUUGCAGCAGGUGGUACGGAAUCACAGCCUGAUGCUUCUAUACAUCAACAGGCCAGCACAUCUAGCACUGCUAGUAUCAGGGCGGCUAAGUUAGCGGAAAUGUCAGAAGAAGUGACAAGACGACAGCAGCAGCAGCAACAACAACAACUGAUGUCCCAGCAGAAACAACUUACUCUGCCGCAUCAACACACCCAGCUUAACCAGCACCCAGGUCAACUUGGCCAUCAGAUGGGGCAAAUUCAACAUCCAAGUCAAAUGAGCCACCUAAAUAACCAGCUUGGACACCAGCCAGGCCAAAUUCCGAACCAAAUGGGUCAACCCAACUACCAAACAAGCCAACUCGACCUACAGUUAAAUCAACUUCACCAAACAAAUCAUCCCGGUCACCAUCCGAGUUCACUUGGUCAACAUUCGACUCAAUUGAAUCAAGGAGGUCAACACACUGGACAAAUGGGUCAACAAGCAGGUCAACUCAGUCACCAUCCCGGCCAACUGGGUCAUCACUUGGGUCAGCUGAGUCAAAGUCAGAUGCACAUCCACCAGAGCUCGAUGCAUUACCCUCAGCAGUCGUCGCCGCAAUUAUCCGCUGGUCAUCAGGGCCAGAACGUGCAGCAGUAUAUGCAUGUGCAAACUGUGCAGAGUCCUCCAUCCUCGUAUCACAACCAACAUAAUCAGCCGCAUAGAUACGACUGGCAUCCACCGGGUCCGCCUUCACCACAAAGAUCCCAACCGCCAAUUGCUCCCAAGCCACAGGGCACAAGGCGUUCGGAGAGUGAAGAAGAUCAGCUUCAACAGCAACUACAACAAUCACAAAUGACAACUACAGUGCAGCCAGAAGACGAGCGGUACGUGGCGAGCGCGCUGGAGCCGCCGGCGGUGUCGGUGUACCCGGCGGGCGCGGUGGGCGGGGCGGGCGGCGGGGCGGCGGGCGGCGCGGGGCGCGGCGCGGCGCACAACCCGUGGCAGCGCGAGGAGCGCGAGCGCCAGGCCGAGGCGCGCCGGGCCGCAGCACGCGCGCGCAGGUACGCACGCACGCAGUACUGUCGGGGCGGCGGGGCGGGCGGCGGGGCGGCGGGCGGCGCGGCGCACAACCCGUGGCAGCGCGAGGAGCGCGAGCGCCAGGCCGAGGCGCGCCGGGCCGCAGCACGCGCGCGCAGGUACGCACGCACGCAGUACUGUCGGGGCGGCGGGGCGGCGGGCGGCGCGGGGCGCGGCGCGGCGCACAACCCGUGGCAGCGCGAGGAGCGCGAGCGCCAGGCCGAGGCGCGCCGGGCCGCAGCACGCGCGCGCAGGUACGCACGCACGCAGUACUGUCGGGGCGGCGGGGCGGGCGGCGGGGCGGCGGGCGGCGCGGGGCGCGGCGCGGCGCACAACCCGUGGCAGCGCGAGGAGCGCGAGCGCCAGGCCGAGGCGCGCCGGGCCGCAGCACGCGCGCGCAGGUACGCACGCACGCAGUACUGUCGGGGCGGCGGGGCGGGCGGCGGGGCGGCGGGCGGCGCGGCGCACAACCCGUGGCAGCGCGAGGAGCGCGAGCGCCAGGCCGAGGCGCGCCGGGCCGCAGCACGCGCGCGCAGGUACGCACGCACGCAGUACUGUCGGGGCGGCGGGGCGGCGGGCGGCGCGGGGCGCGGCGCGGCGCACAACCCGUGGCAGCGCGAGGAGCGCGAGCGCCAGGCCGAGGCGCGCCGGGCCGCAGCACGCGCGCGCAGGUACGCACGCACGCAGUACUGUCGGGGCGGCGGGGCGGGCGGCGGGGCGGCGGGCGGCGCGGGGCGCGGCGCGGCGCACAACCCGUGGCAGCGCGAGGAGCGCGAGCGCCAGGCCGAGGCGCGCCGGGCCGCAGCACGCGCGCGCAGGUACGCACGCACGCAGUACUGUCGGGGCGGCGGGGCGGGCGGCGGGGCGGCGGGCGGCGCGGGGCGCGGCGCGGCGCACAACCCGUGGCAGCGCGAGGAGCGCGAGCGCCAGGCCGAGGCGCGCCGGGCCGCAGCACGCGCGCGCAGGUACGCACGCACGCAGUACUGUCGGAGCGGCGGGGCGGGCGGCGCGGGGCGCGGCGCGGCGCACAACCCGUGGCAGCGCGAGGAGCGCGAGGGCCAGGCCGAGGCGCGCCGGGCCGCAGCACGCGCGCGCAGGUACGCACGCACGCAGUACUGUCGGGGCGGCGGGGCGGGCGGCGGGGCGGCGGGCGGCGCGGGGCGCGGCGCGGCGCACAACCCGUGGCAGCGCGAGGAGCGCGAGCGCCAGGCCGAGGCGCGCCGGGCCGCAGCACGCGCGCGCAGGUACGCACGCACGCAGUACUGUCGGGGCGGCGGGGCGGGCGGCGGGGCGGCGGGCGGCGCGGGGCGCGGCGCGGCGCACAACCCGUGGCAGCGCGAGGAGCGCGAGCGCCAGGCCGAGGCGCGCCGGGCCGCAGCACGCGCGCGCAGGUACGCACGCACGCAGUACUGUCGGGGCGGCGGGGCGGGCGGCGGGGCGGCGGGCGGCGCGGGGCGCGGCGCGGCGCACAACCCGUGGCAGCGCGAGGAGCGCGAGCGCCAGGCCGAGGCGCGCCGGGCCGCAGCACGCGCGCGCAGGUACGCACGCACGCAGUACUGUCGGAGCGGCGGGGCGGGCGGCGCGGGGCGCGGCGCGGCGCACAACCCGUGGCAGCGCGAGGAGCGCGAGGGCCAGGCCGAGGCGCGCCGGGCCGCAGCACGCGCGCGCAGGUACGCACGCACGCAGUACUGUCGGGGCGGCGGGGCGGGCGGCGGGGCGGCGGGCGGCGCGGGGCGCGGCGCGGCGCACAACCCGUGGCAGCGCGAGGAGCGCGAGCGCCAGGCCGAGGCGCGCCGGGCCGCAGCACGCGCGCGCAGGUACGCACGCACGCAGUACUGUCGGGGCGGCGGGGCGGGCGGCGGGGCGGCGGGCGGCGCGGGGCGCGGCGCGGCGCACAACCCGUGGCAGCGCGAGGAGCGCGAGCGCCAGGCCGAGGCGCGCCGGGCCGCAGCACGCGCGCGCAGGUACGCACGCACGCAGUACUGUCGGGGCGGCGGGGCGGCGGGCGGCGCGGGGCGCGGCGCGGCGCACAACCCGUGGCAGCGCGAGGAGCGCGAGCGCCAGGCCGAGGCGCGCCGGGCCGCAGCACGCGCGCGCAGGUACGCACGCACGCAGUACUGUCGGGGCGGCGGGGCGGGCGGCGGGGCGGCGGGCGGCGCGGGGCGCGGCGCGGCGCACAACCCGUGGCAGCGCGAGGAGCGCGAGCGCCAGGCCGAGGCGCGCCGGGCCGCAGCACGCGCGCGCAGGUACGCACGCACGCAGUACUGUCGGGGCGGCGGGGCGGCGGGCGGCGCGGGGCGCGGCGCGGCGCACAACCCGUGGCAGCGCGAGGAGCGCGAGCGCCAGGCCGAGGCGCGCCGGGCCGCAGCACGCGCGCGCAGGUACGCACGCACGCAGUACUGUCGGGGCGGCGGGGCGGGCGGCGCGGGGCGCGGCGCGGCGCACAACCCGUGGCAGCGCGAGGAGCGCGAGGGCCAGGCCGAGGCGCGCCGGGCCGCAGCACGCGCGCGCAGGUACGCACGCACGCAGUACUGUCGGGGCGGCGGGGCGGGCGGCGGGGCGGCGGGCGGCGCGGGGCGCGGCGCGGCGCACAACCCGUGGCAGCGCGAGGAGCGCGAGCGCCAGGCCGAGGCGCGCCGGGCCGCAGCACGCGCGCGCAGGGACGCAGCUAUAGCACAGCUUUUAGCACUAGGGUCGUCACGCACUCCUGUACAAAACCAGCAGUUGCGCGCCUUGCAAUUGGAAAGAGACUUCGAACGCCGAGCUACACAACACGAACACGACGAAGCCGGUGGCGGGGAGCAGUGCGCGGACGAAGAAUGCGAGUCGCGUUCGAACUCGCGCUCGCCCUCGCCGCAGCCGCAGCCGCCACCCGAGCACGAGCGCGGCCAGUUCCAGCCGCAGCACCACCCGCAGCACCAGCCCCAGCUCCAGCCGCAGCACCCGCCACAACACCAGCCACCGUACCAGCCGCAGCACCCGCCGCAGCACCAGCCACAGCACCAGCAGCAGCCGCAGCCCCAUCCCCAGCAACAACCGCAGCCGCCCAAGUCCAUACUCAAGUCCAACCACCGCACUGACAUCACCAACGGAUAUGCCACCGACACGACCAUGGAAGAGAUCCGCAUGUCGGAGAUAACCGAGGGCGUGGCGGGGGUGAGCGUGUGCCCGCCGGCGCCGCCCGAACGCGGCUCGUCCUUCGCCGUGAUGGCGGGCCGCCGCGCGCUCUCGCCCGCCGCGUACGACGCGCCCGCGCCCGCGCCCGCCGCCGCCCCCGCGCACGCGCCCGCGCCCGCUCUGCUGCCCGCCUCCGCGCAUUUGCACGCACCCGUGCCCGCUGUUGCUCCGCAGUCACCGCUCAGUACGUCCCGCGACAAGCGCGUGUCGUUCCAUGAGCGUGCCGUCGCUCCCGCGAGCGCUUCCGGCCAUGAGAGUUCUCCGUCCCCCUCCCCCGUCCCCGCCUCCGGUCUCGCCGCCGCUCAAGUCGCCGCUCCACCGCCCACGCCGCCCACGUCUUCACCACCGCCACUCGACCCACCACCAAGGGAAGAUCCAGAUCGGUUCCUCGAGGAGGCGGAGAGCAUGCUGGGCAGCUCGGCGGCGGCCGGCGCGCACGUGCACACGCACACGCACACGCCCGGCGUCAUCGGCGCGCAGGAGGUCUACAGGGACCCGCGCACGCGGCGGCUGGCGGAGCAGCGCGCGCGCGCGGCGGCCGCGCCCGUGCCCGAGCAGCUCUCCUUCAAGGACAAGAUGAAGAUGUUCGCGCUCGAGGCCGGCGACCGCUCCACGCCCAAGGACAAGGUGAAAAUAUCACGAGCGCAACGCGACAUCGACGCUGUGCAUUGA